CACAUAUACUCUCUCCAACUGCACCAACUUUUGACCGCCACUUGUCCUCAGUUCAUCCCAUUCCAUACAUACCAAAGAUGGCCGCUAAGAAUCCAGAGCCUCAGGAACAGGGGCGUCGCAUUUCAGGAAAGGAUUGGAAGAUGUCAAAGACUGCAACACGCCGUUCGCAGAUGCCCAAGGCCUUAAAGCAGACAUAUGCUGAACGUAUGGCCAAGACCAAGCAGCUCAACAUCGCCCGCGACAUGGCCAAAGCAAUGACACAGGAAAAGAUUGACGACAAGCGCCGCAAGAGAGAGAUCACCGAGGAAAGGAAAAAGAUUCAGGAAGAAAAGGAGAGGAUCGCAAGCUUGGCGGCCAAGAUGUCCGCUAAUAAGUUGAAGCGACUGAAGAAGAAGGCUGGCAACCUCAAGGGACGCUAAAAACCGGCGACAGGACGCUUGCGACACACACCCACGCUCCCUCACUUUCUUGACUUUUUGUAUAAUAAAUCAUCGAUGCAUUCA